GCGUCGAAAAAAAUCGAAUCACUUUCACACCUACAUGUGAAUGUCCUUUUUCGAAAAGAAGAGAGAAACGAUGGAUUUAGGACGAAUAAUGGUGCCGUAGAAACAUUUGAUGGUGUGAUGGUUUGUACGGGACAUCAUACCGAUCCUUACUGGCCGAAUCCAUUCCCUGGACAGGAAGCAUACACCGGAAAAUUGGUCCACAGUCAUGAUUACAAGGACCAUAGGGGCUAUGAGGACCAAACUGUGGUUGUGAUUGGAAUCGGCAAUAGUGGAGCAGACAUUGCAGUUGAACUCAGCAAAAUAUGCAAAAAAGUGUAUUUGGCCACCCGAUCUGGAUCAUGGGUAAUGAAUCGAGUAUGGGACGGUGGAGAACCAGCAGACUUGGCCUAUUUGAGCAGAUUUGAUCAUGGGAGAUUUGGCCUAACGCCAAAACACCGUGUUCUUGCUGCUCAUGUUACAAUCAACGAUGAAUUGCCGAACCGUAUCAUUUCUGGCACUGUUGUGAUCAAGCCCAAUGUUGGUUCAUUCACCAAGGAGGGAGUAAUUUUCGAAGACGGUACAGAGGUGCCAAAAGUUGACACGGUAAUUUUCGCUACUGGCUUCUCAUUCGGAUUCCCACUAGUAGAAGGAGGACAACUGAUACCUGUCAAAGACAACCAUGUUGAUCUGUAC